UUGUUUGUGCAUUAUCGUUUAGCAGAUUAUGAAACCAAAUGCACAGUAGAGAAGAUCCAUUGUGGAUGUUUUGACCCUGUUGUGGAGCCCAAAAUGACAAGUGAACUAUCUUUUAUAGUGCUCAAACUAAUCUCUGAUCAUGACUCCCAUAAGAAAUGGUUAAAGACGAGAUAUAAACCAGGCCAUCCGGCAGCCUAGAUUGUAACUAUAUUAAGACCCUAUUAAUUGCCAGAAAUCAUAUGCAGAUAGUAUGUUGGUCAAUGUCCUGUAUUAGCUUUAGAAUUAAAAUAAAUGUUAUUUGGGUUAAUCAAAAAAGGUAUUUUUUCCCCCAGCAAAUUAAUUGAGAGAUUGUAUUUUUCUCUCACCAGUGCAAUGAAUGGGCCUAUUUUACAGAACUGAUUAAUGACGUAAAUUUGUAAGCUAACCUGAAAGGCUCAUUUUCUUGAGUUUCCUUCAAUAGAUUUUAUAAAUAAGCUAAAUUAUUUGUUUACCAUUACAUAAUCCCAAUUUUAAAGCACUGUGUUGAUUAAAGCAUUCAGCUUGCCGGAUUGGUCUAGCUAGCACGUCAAUGCAGAUUUCAGAAUCGGUUUGAUACAAAAUUAAUAAUCCUGCUUAUUUGAGCACUGUAAUUUUAAACUGCUGUUUUUCGUGUGAUGGUAAAGAAAUACCCCACCCAAUGUAUGUUAACAAAUAAAUCUUUAUAAUGAAAACGUGUGUGUAAAAUGGGGGUGAAUAUUGUGCUGGGCCAGGACUUGUUCAACAGAGGGCGCUGUUAGUCCAGAGACUCACUGAUGUGGUUGGGGAAAACAGUGUAGGUAAUGGUAGUAACAUUAAUGCAGUAUUAGCAUUAGGAAAUUCAAAAUAGAAACUGUUGGCUACAUUUCCGUCAACUAUAAAUUACUACAAACGACCCACGAUUGUGUUUUGAGAGUCCUCUCUGUGCUUUCAUAAUAUUCGACGUGACUUUUGUUGAUCAAGAUAGUGGACUUCGCUCGGUUUAAGAGUUUGCUUUGGAGAGGGUAACGUUAGUUAAAUAUUACAAGUUAGUCAACCUAUAACGCGGAGAGUUGGCGAUUCUCUCAACAAUUUUCAGCUUGGGUUCUUGUAAAGUUAAAUUCAAAAUUAGCAUAACAUUUAUAAUCUAAUCACAAUAAACAUGGCAAGUCGACCAGUGCAAAAGGAGACCAGCAGCCGACCACACUUCCUACAGUUCAACAACCUCGCGUGCGAAACAGCUGGAGGAAAGGUGAUUUUUGCGACAGAUGAGUGGUUUGCCCCUGCUAGAAAUCUUUUAAAGAGAGACCCUCCAGAAUUCAUAGCCUCAGCAUUUACCGAAUACGGGAAAUGGAUGGAUGGCUGGGAAACCAGGAGGAAAAGAAUUGCAGGUCACGACUGGUGCAUCAUUCAGUUAGGAGUUCCAGGAAUUAUUCAUGGCUUUGAUGUGGACACAUCCUUCUUCACGGGGAACUAUGCACCAUACACCUCCAUUCAAGCUGCGUGUCUUGAUCAGAUGCCAUCAUUCACUCUUGAAGGAGAUCGUACAGGCAUGGCAGCUUCCCCGAGCCAGUUUGAAGCUGUGGCACAGCUUUACUCAGACAGUUGGGAGGAGCUUGUCCCGAUGAUAAAGCUGAACCCGGGGUACUCUGAAUCCUGCCACAACUACCUGAAUGUUACGUACCCACACAGAGUUACCCAUAUCCGCCUCAACAUAUAUCCAGAUGGUGGCAUUGCAAGGCUGAAAGUUUAUGGCAUUGGGAAGACGGACUGGUCCACUGUGUCUAGUCAAGAUCUAGUGGAUCUUGUUGCCCUUGUCAAUGGAGGUGUAUGUGUAGGCUACAGCGAUGCCCACUUCGGUCAUCCACGCAAUAUGAUUGGUCUAGGGAGGGCUGAUAACAUGGGUGAUGGGUGGGAGACAGCCAGACGCCUGGAUCGGCCAAAGGUUUUAAAGGUGAAUGAGAAAGGCAUAUUACAGGUGCGAGGCUGUGAGUGGGCUAUUCUCAGACUAGGACAUCCUGGCAUCAUAAGCAAAAUUGAGGUAGACACCAACCAUUUUAAAGGAAAUUUCCCAGACUCCUGCAAGAUUGAGGCCUGCAGUUUGACCCCAGAUGAAGAGAACAACUUCAUUCAUAACCAGUGGCGCUCUGACAAACCCCCCAAGUGGAGAAUUCUUCUUUCUCCUCAAAAACUGAAGGCACAUCACAGGCAUUUGUUUGCUGGGGAGUCUGUGGUGCAGUGUGGGCCUGUGACUCAUGUGCGUCUGGUCAUAGCUCCUGACGGAGGGGUCAGCAGACUUAGACUCUGGGGUCGACCGGUGUCAAACAACUUGACUCAUCCUCAGCAAAUCUCCAAACUGUAAUGCCAUCAUGUAUUUUCAACACACAACUACAGAAGAAUGAAGGUCAUCCGUUGUGAUGUAAAAUAUUAACACCAUAACAUUAAUAACAACACUGAGGACUGCUAUGGUACAGUAUACAACUGAAUUAUCGUCAAGGCUAAUGUUUCAUAAAACACCAAUAAAAUAAUCUCAUAAUAACUAAGAAAA